AUGGCUUUCGUUCAUUUGGACGUCCUAUGCUUCUAUAGCCUACUCGUUUGCACAGCAUUUAGUUCUGUGUCUUCAAAUGCUGAGAUAAAAGAUACUGGAAAACACAGUUCUCAACAAUACUUUUUUUACAGGUAUGACGGCUUGGACCGUGCCACACAGUGUCCCGAUUACAUCAAGGUUGAUGGACAAAAUAUUGGAUGCAGGUUUCCCUAUUUGGAGGCAUCAGACUAUAAAGAUUUCUACAUCUGUGUUAAUGGAUCAUCAGACUCUCAUCCUAUCAGACCCAGCUAUUUUAUUUUUCAGCUUCAAAAUAUAGUUAAACCUUUGCCACCAGACUACCUUAGUCUCACUGUGAAGAACUCAGAGGAAGUUAACCUGAAAUGGAGCAUGCCUCAAGGGCCCAUUCCGGCAAAAUGCUUUAUUUAUGAAAUUGAAUUCACCGAAGAUGAUACAACUUGGGUGACUACCACUGUCGAAAAUGAGAUACGCAUCGCAAGAAUAUCAAAUGAAAGCCAACAAUUAUGCUUUUUGGUAAGAAGCAAAGUGAACAUCUAUUGUUCGGAUGAUGGAAUCUGGAGUGAGUGGAGUGACGAACAGUGCUGGAAAGAUGACAUAUGGAAGGAAACCUUGGUAUUUUUCUUGACACCAUUUGCUUUUGUCUCAUUGUUUGUUUUGUUAGUAACUUGUCUGCUUUUGUACAAGCAAAAAGCUGUACUGAAAACGAUCUUUCAGAGGAAAAAAGAAGUCUUUUCUCAUCAAGACACAUUCUGUUGA